GAUGUGACGAAGUAUGUGGUGGAGAUGUCUGCUGAUUUAAGCGGUUGCACAUGGAAUCGAGUGUACAGCGGCUUAGGAACGGAGUGUGCUUGUGAUGGUCUGAGUCCAGGAGGUUCAUACCAGGCCAGAGUCCACUGCAUCAGCGCCGGAGGCGAGAGUCCGUUGACGGAAGCCCUGCAGAUCCAAACCCCACCUGUUCCGCCAGGCCCCUGUCAGCCGCCCAGGGCGGUGGGCAAACCCAAAGCGAGAGAAGUGCAGUUACGCUGGACGCCCCCUCUGGUGGACGGUGGUAGCGCGGUGUCUUCGUACAGUGUAGAAAUGUUUGCUCCUCAGGCUGAUGAGGGCAGGGAGGUGUUCCAGGGCUCUGAACUGGACUGUACGGUGGGGAGUUUACUGCCCGGCAGGACCUACGGAUUCCGGCUCAGAGCCGGCAACAAAGCUGGGUUCGGGCCAUUCUCAGAGCGAACGGAGGUAACGACAGGUCCCGGUGCCCCUGAGGCGUGUCGGCCCCCUCACAUUAACUGUAAAUCAGCGACGUGUGCUGUGGUGAGCUGGGAGGUUCCUCACUGUAACGGAGCAGCCGUGUCAGAGUAUCGUCUGGAGUGGGGGGCAGCGGAAGGCAGCAUGCAGAACUGUUACACCGGUGCUGCGCUGUCUCAUGAGCUGAGAGGUCUACAGCCCGCCUCCAGUUACUUCUGCCGGGUGCAGGCUGUAAAUGUAACCGGCGUGGGGCCCUUCAGCGAUGCCGUGCUCUGUCAGACGCCCUGCUCAGUGCCGGCGGCGGUCAGCAGCGUCCACGCCCUCCGGGAGUCAGAGAUGAGAAUGGAGGGAGGAGUCACGGAGAGAGGAGAGGAGGAGGAUGAAGAUGAGGAAGAUGAAAGCGACGAGGCCCCGCCGCUCCUCUACUCUCCAUCCACCUGCCUGGGGCUGCGCUGGGAGCCGCCGUGCAAUCACGGAGCUGAGAUCACCUCGUACCUGAUCGACCUGGGAGAGAGACAACCCGUCCUAACUGGCCCUGUAACCAAAUAUAUCAUCCAGAACCUGCAGCCCGACACCACGUACAGGUACAGAGAUGCUGGUUUAAGCAUCGAUACUGAGGUCUAUGCAUAG